UGUCUGCCGGGACGUCAGAUAUACGAGUGGUGCUUAGACAGAAACGUGUCCAUCAUAAUGUUCUUCCACACGAGUCUAGUGUCCUUCCUGCUUCUUGACCUUGUGGGCAGUGCCAAGGUGGAGGAUGUGCUUGUGUCUGUAGAGCAGGGCAUUCUACGAGGUGCCACAGCCACGAGUGUCUACAACACGACGUACACGGCGUUCCUGGGGAUCCCGUACGCAGAACCACCCGUUGGAGAGCUACGAUUCCAGGAUCCGCGGCCGGCUGGUAGCUGGGAGGGUGUACGCAACGCCACCUCAUACGGCAGCGACUGCGUGCAGAACACUGGUGACGGCUCCGAGGACUGCCUCUACCUAAACGUCUUCGUGCCGGGCUUGCCAGAGGAGGGCGCAGGGCUGCCCGUGCUCUUCUGGGUGCACGGCGGAGGAUUUGUCUACGGCAGCGGCUCAGAUCAGGAGUAUGGGCCCGAUUUCCUCAUGUCUUACGGUGUCAUACUCGUCACCAUCAACUACCGGCUUGGCCCGCUUGGUUUUCUGAGCACCGGCGACGAGGUGGUCCCUGGAAACGCGGGCCUCAAGGACCAGCAGGUGGCGCUGUCCUGGGUCCAGCGCAACAUCGCCAGCUUCGGCGGCGACCCGCAGCUUCUGGCGCUGCAGGGGCAGAGCGCAGGCGGCGUGUCCGUGUCGCUGCACCUCGUGUCGCCUCUGUCCACAGGUCUCUUCUCGAGGCUCAUCAUCCAGAGCGCCAACUUCAUUGGACGCCCAAUGCCUCUGCAAGCUGCCCGCAAUAACGCUUUCAGACUGGGGGCUGCCCUCGGCCUCGAAACGGAUGAUUCCCAGGAGCUGGUGGAUUUCCUGCGAUCGGUCAGCCCAUCAGACCUCCUCGUGGACAGCUCGCUCAUCCUGACAGAGGAGGAUAAACUUCUGUUCUCCUACGCUCUGUGGUCGCCACAUAUAGAGCCACAGCUGGAAGGUGCUUUCAUCUCAGAAUCUCCCAUUCAAGCACUGAUAGACGGCCGUUUUCUCGAAGUGCCUAUAAUGACAGGAGUAACGUCCGGCGAAGGAGGUUCUGGAAUACUGUACCAAACAGAGAAAAUCAACACUCUAAAUAACAUGUUUUCUGAAUCAGUUGGGCCAUGUUUACACCUUUCAACUGUGGAAAUGCAACAGGAGGCAGCUCUCAAGCUAAGAGAAUUCUAUUUCGGCAACGAUACUAUCUCUGCAGACAAUCCUGCUCCUCUCGUGCACUUCAACAUCGACUUGGGGAUCUUCGAGCCGACUGACGCCCUUGUCAGGAAAGUGACGGAAAUCACUGAUCUACCAGUCUUCUACUAUGUGUUUGACUACCAUGGAGAGCAUGUGAAUACAACAGAGUGGGGUGUAUCCCAUUCAGGUGAGUUACCAUUCCUGUUCCUGAGGAAAGAUACCGAAUAUAACUUGGAUCCAGAAUCGGAAGAAGAUCGUAUACGCAGGAAUAUGCUUCGGUACUGGACUAACUUCACGAAGUAUGGGAAUCCAACUCCCGAGGCGGACCCUGUAGUAUGGGAAUCCUAUAACAAUGAAACCCGCAGCUACAUGCUGAUGCAGGCCAACUUUACUGUCGCUCAUAACAAGGAUGGAGAGCGGAUGGAUUUCUGGAAUGCGAAUGUGCCAUUGCAGCCUUACGCUGACGACCUCUGAGAGGAAAAUGCAACAAUGUAUUCAUGUCUAAUAACAGUAAACCACCAGAUAAAUAAUAUUCACGAAACGAGUAAAUUACUAUUUCUUUCAGUUAAAAAUGUGAAACUGUGAUUUUAUGAUUCUACUAGACGUUUUUAUAAUAAUGUCUGAAAACUGCCCCUAUAUAUUGCUGAGAACAGACAGUAAAUCGUCUUUGUGAUUAUAGUGUCUUGAGAAGGAGAAAAGGAAAAAAAAACUCAAAACUACUAUAUGCUGAUCCAUGGAUGUCAAUGGCAUUGGGUUGCAGGUGGGGACUGAGGGAAGUCGAUAAUUGGGAAUUGCUUACCGUUUUCUUAGUGUGGCCUUACCCUCUCCUUCAAUGUAUGAACAUGCAUGGAACGUGAACUGAUAUCUAGACGUUUACAAGCAAUGCUGUCUCCAGAUCUACACUCCCACGUUUGGCCAGAUGCGAUCUGAAGUCAUCUAUCUAGUUGGGCACAGCCAGCUUCCUUCCCCCUCCUAUGAGACCGAAGACCUUGCUGUUUGGUCUCCGCCCCCAAAUCAAUCAUCCAAUUGACCAUCUACCUACUAACUGUUAGGUUGUCGUCUCUGUUCUUUAGUAGCUCUUAGAAUCCAGAACAGAACUUUCUUGGUUCAUUAUCAUCCUUCACCUAGCUACAUGUCCCAUGCACCUCAUUAUCCUUUUCAUUGUAGGCGUAUACUCGCCUUACACUCCACUAUGUUGCCUGGAUAUUUUUUUUCUCCGAGCAUUUCCCAAAAUGCUUCUCUCGAUUACUCAUUGAGCAUCCUCAUUUUUAAUGUAUUUAUACUGAAACUCAGAAAAAUCUCAGAACAACAUCUAAAAUUAUUUCUGUGGUUUUCGAGUUCAUCCUGUAGACAGAAAACAUCUAAACACCUUAGAAAUUUUGCACUUUUUGGUAAUUAAUCAUAACCUUUAGACUCCAUAUAUUGCUAUGUAUUUGGAAAUCUGUCUUGUAUGUUACUAUCAUGUAAAACAAGACCAGUCCUCAAGGAAUAAUGCUGCUUGAAAAAUGGAGAUGAAAGUAAUAGGGCAGUGGCCAUAUGAGCCAGGAACUCGCUGACAUCGGCAUCAGAGCUUUCUCAUCGGCAGUGUCAUACCACAGAUGAGACAACUGUGGAUGCUAUAUGUCGCUAACUGCAGUAUCAACACUUCCUUAUCUCCAAGGCCCUACUGGCACUCAUGACAUCCUGCCGCAUGCCGGGAAGGGGAGGGGGAGGGGAGAGGGGAGGCGCUCCUGCCUCCCAACCCUACUCUCCUGUAAAUUUUGCAUGAAGCACCUCCUGCCCAAAACAUCCACUCCCUGCUAGAAAAUACUAUGAAAUACCUGAACUGCUGAAAAACUUGACAAUUAAAUAUGCGUUACUGACUUCCAAAUAUUUGUUUAAGGUUUGGCUCACCAGUAAAAUUGGUAACUUUGAUUUGAAGCUAUAUGUAAUUCGUUAUGGAAUAUUGGAACAAGUAGGUAGCAUUUUUCUCUAUACAUAAUUAAAAACGUUUGCUUAUAAAAUAUAAAUAAUGAAACAAGAAUCUGUAUUUGUUAAAAUUCGAAACGAAAUACAUAUUAUUUAAGCAGGUAAACAGACACACUGAAUAAAAUAUAAUCAGUCCUUCUUUUGAUGUAAGUCAUGACACAACCUCAAAGUAUACAUUCCUGCAUGUAAAAUGUUCUGAAGCACCAAUUUAGGAGAAGCAAAGCUAAUGCAUCACUCGUGAAAAUUAAAAUCCGUAAGCAACUACACCAUUACAAACACAUGUACAACUCAGUUGUCUUAUUAGGGAAAGAAUAAUGUGUUUUAUUACCAAACCUUACUUAGGCUACAGAAUAACAUGUAUUGCUUGUAGACACCUAGUAAACACAUUAAUAGUGAGAGAUAUGACAUUAUCAAAGGUAAUGUCAUAGUUAAUAUCUCAGGAAAGCAACCUACCACAUACUGUGGAGAUUUCCCACAUUUUGCCAACACAAAUUAAAUAUUGCCACAUAUAAAUUUUCUGUGUAACUCAAAAUAUUAUGUAUUUAACGUAAUAUAACCGAAAUUUCUAGCAAAAUUCGAUUUUGUAUUCCUUGAAGGAACAAAGAGCCAUCAUUUAAGGUAAAACUCAUUUCCAACAAAUACUAAUUUCUAGUUCAUUAUUUAUAUUUUACAAGCAAAUGUUCAUUUUUAAAUAUUUAUAGAGAUGCAUCUAUUGCAAUAUUCCAUGACAAAUGAUCUACAGCUUCAGAUCAAUGUUACCAAAUUGCUAAUGAGCGAGUCCUUGAACAAAUGUUUGGAAGUCAAUAAUGCAAACAUAGUUGAUAAAUUUUUCAGCAGUUCAAAUAUGUUAUCUUCCUUGGCUGCAGAGUGUGGGUGCUUAUGGUGGAUGGUCUUCAUGCUAAAUUUGAAGGAGUGGAAGGGGCAGGAUGGCCCUCCCCUUCCCUACCCGCUUUGACCUUGGCACAUGACUAGUUACCAUAAUGCCUGGUAUGGUCAUGGACAUAAGGAAGUGCUGAUGCUGCUGCCAGCGAAAUAUAACAUGCACAAUAGUCUCAGUUCUAACAUGAUGCUGCAGGUAGGAAAUCACUGAAGGAAAUGUUAGUGAAUUCGUGGCUUGUAUGCCAAAUGCCAAUCCAUCCAACAGAGGUAGGCCAAGUAAGUAUCACUGUUAAUGAAAGGGAGUCAUAACAUGAACUUUCUGUAAGCUAAUUAACUACAUAAUGCACAUAGUGCCACAUAUGGAUACAGUAACACAUUCAUUGUUAAUUUCCUCAUGGCAUAAGCCUUAAUUAACAAUAACCUAGCAUUAUAAAAACAUAUAUUAGAUGACAACCAUAAGACUAUAAGAAUAAUUUUGUGAAAGUGGAAGACAAAUCCUAGGUAGGCAGAAACUUAAAUUUACAGAUUAUUAAACAUUGCCUGGAUGUGUUUUCAUAAACUGGAUUUUGAAUGAAAGAUUCAAGUAUCUCUCAUAACGAAAAUUUUUCAGAGAAAGUUCAUGAUGGUAUGGUACCACAGAGAGCCACCACACUUUGCUUUCUUAGCAGAUAUCCACCACCUCUCCUUUCCGCCCGACCCCUCCCUCCCCCUCUCUCCAAGAGCCAACAUAGUCUGCACAGUGCUUCCAGUUCUACACCAAAGUAAAUGUCACAAGAUGACGGAUCCAAGACAGUAGCAGAAAAAAAUAUUGAUGCCUAUGUCGUCAAGGCACUUCCCACCUCCCCCCCCUCUUGUUCUGGUAUUUGUGUUUCACAUGCAUUCUAGAAGAAGGAAGAAAAAGUGUUUGCGCAUUACCCUGCUGGAAGCACAUUAGCUUUACAACCAUUCACAUGAUCAUCGAAAAUGGAUUUCGAAUUGGUGUAAUAGGAAGCUACAUAUGAAAAAAGAUCAAUAAGCAGAAAUUUUCACAUUGUACGGUAUCCUGCUGGAAACGUUGUACAGUCUUAUAAAUAAACAAUUAUGAGCUUCAAGUUAUACUAUGUCACUGACAAAACAGUGUGAUCAUUAAACAAUUUUUUUUAAACGAUGCCAGUAAUAGAAAAUAUAAAGACAGUUUCACUACAGUUCACAAAAUCGAUCAACCUCAUACUACAGGAAAUGAUUGAAAGCUACAUAUUACACCAAAAACGUUAAAAUUUCGCUAUAUUAAAAAAAGUAAUGCAGCUCACAUGGUCAUCCAAAAUCAAUCUGAACAGAAAGCCACACUUGCCUAUGGAUCUUACUAGGAAGUAUAUCUUCACUAUAUUACAAAAAUAAUUAUGACAAGUGGCACAGAAAAGUUAAGCAUGUAGUGCCGAACACAGAACAAUGCCAUACUGUAAUAGGAGUUGUAAGGAAGAAACAUUUAUUGUAAGGAAUGAGUUGCAUCAUGUGCAUGUGCACAACACACUACAUUGCGCCCAAGUGACAAAUGGUCCUCUUCUCUCAUUGUCAGAUGGCAGACUGAUUCUGUAGUAGCAUGUGUUGCUGCCUGGCAGUAUUCCCUCCCCCUUACAGCAGCCCACCAGUCACACUGCAGUGCACCCACACCAUCCCUUCCCCACUCUCACAUCCGUCAGUAAAAACAGGCAGUGGUGGCCGUUAUUUAUCAGCUGACAUUGCCUCAGCUGCAGGCAUAUUCACGUCAUGGCCUGUUCCGAGUUGGAUGCAAAUGUGCAUUCCUGCAGCAGUCUGCUCCAUUCCAACAAUAGAAGCAGAGGGGCACAGUGAGUACAAGCCCAAAUUGCUCACUCAGUAUCUGCCAGCAGUAUUUGACCAGUGUAAUAGAACAGGUUUACAUGUCACAUUGUAGUUCACAGUCGGCACAUGGUGUGGUCACCCAAUGGUUGGGAGAGGAGGGGAGGGGAGGGAGAGGGGAAGGAAGGGUCGUUGUCCAAUAUGAAUCAAGCUGCCUCCUAACCGCACCACCCAUUUUGCCCUCAUCCAACACAAAUCAUUCAAGUUCUCUGAUCUGUGUUGUCAGAGGAUCUGUAGAUCAGUGUUCACACACACACACACACACACACACACACACACACACACACACACACACACACACACACGUUUCACACACAGUUAGUUCUGUGGCAUGAAUGUUUUCAGUGUGUAAAGACAGAUGUAUUGACAUUUCCUACAUAAAUAUUCUUAACGUUGUAAUCUAAAAAAGAACAGUGCAUUCAUAAAAGUAGUGAUCAGCUGUGAACUAAAAGGAAGAUUGUUAUUCGACAAGUGUGCUUUAUGAAAUUGAACGUGGUUGACAGUGAGACGCCAGUGUUUGAUGGAGAAGACUGUGGGAACUCAAAACAGAAAAUGAAAAUGAAUCUGAAAAUGAAGAAAUGCUGUACUGUGGCUUUAAGAGUGGAAACAAACGUAAGUAAGAGGGAUACUGAGCUGAAGAAAUCUGACUGCAGUGAAGUACAUUUAUGAAGUAAUCUUGAACAAGCCACUAAAUUCAUGCAUGGUAACAAAACUAAAUUUGAGAUACUGAAAAGUGUGAGAAAUUAUUUUCCAAAGAAUCAACAGCACUACAAAACGUGUGCAGAAACAAGUUGUAAAACUAAGGUUAAAAGACUGUUGUGACACAGCAACAUUUUUCAGUAUUUUUGGGAAAAACAGUGAAUGAAUCAAAAUUAGCCAGUGAAAAGUGAUGGAAAAGAACGCUUCAGCUAUAUUGGGGACUUGGUCAAUAUUUUGAAAGAUGAAUGUCAGACAGUUAAAUACAUUAAAGAUAAACUUAAAAUGUUGGAUUUAAAAGGCAAGGAUGGAAGUGGAAUAUCCCAUGCAUUUCACACUGAAAGGAAAACUGGUAUGAGCUACCAGAAGCAGUUGUGUUAUGGAUGUAGCAAAUUACGACAUUUCAAGAGGGAUGCUCACGAGUCAGAAACAAGCAGAGAUUCAUGAGACAUGGCAGACAUCAUCACAGAGGUGGUCACAGCAGGUGGCAACAGGGGCAGAGUGGUCAGUGCAGCAGGGACAACAACAUCUGGUCAGGUGGUUAGAGUAUAUGUUAUGGUUCAAGAGAAAGUCAUAGCCAGGAUACAAAGGAUACCAACAGAACGGAACUGCCAUGAGCAGUUUUGUAAUGGAAGUACAGCCUACAGUAAAAACACACAUAUUGAUUGGUUAUUGCAUAGUGGUUGCGUAGGUUAAUUUGUUAAUGCUAAUCAUGAAAAUUACUUCUCUGCAUGUGUGACCUUGAAAGAGCCUUCAAAUGUAAAAAAUGUGGCUAGUAAAGUUUUCUCAGGGAUGCAACAGAUACAAUUUGUAAGUUAUUUAAGGCAUUAUAUGGCUUGAGGGAAAGUUCUCUAGCAUGUUAUGACCGUUUCACUGAAUUUUUAAAAGGUCAACCUUCUAAAAGAAGUAAAGAUGGUUACAUUAGAGCCCAAGUGAUUUGAGCUAAUUGAGGCUAAGUCUACUUGAAUUAAAAAAAUCUCUGAUAAUAUGAAAAUAUUACUAAAUCAAUGGGUAAAUCAUGAACGAAUGUUCAAUGAGAACAAUGAUGAUUGAAUAUAUAUAAAAAAGGUAUAAUACACACAUUUGUUACAUGUGCAUACAUGGGCAUACAUUUCCAAGUUUCAAAAAUACAACUGACAUUUUAAAGAAAUUGUCCACAGUCUUUUGUUUUAAAACAGAACCCUGUUUUUCAGCAGCAAUGUCACGAUAUCAUCUGAGAAUUAUAGUGCCUGUUGGAGUAGCUUCCACUUGGUGCUCGAUAUAUGCAAUGCCACAUCUAGCACUGCAAACCCUCAGUGUGAGUGAUCACUGCUACAGUUUCUUUAGGUAAUUCCUUGUUGUCACUGUCUUCAAUUGGUUCACUAACAAUUUCAACAAUUGCAAGAUCAAUUACUUCAAACUGUUCAUCAUCAUUCAUCCAUUCUGAAACAUCACUCGCAUUCGCAUUUUCACAUCCUGCAAGGGUUUUCAUCACUUCUGCCAAUGGUACGUCAACUUCGUCUCUACUCUAGGUAUCCAUUUCAUUCUGUAAAAUCUAGUCCAAGACUUUUUUACUGUCUCAAACUUUUGUCAUACCAAGAAUUGGCUAUGAAGUCAACUAGUUCUUUUUUUAGUAAUUCUUUGACAGGUCCUUCACAUUCUGUUGUUUUUAGAAGUGUCUUACGCAAACGACAAUGAUACCUUUCUCUUUUUCACCAUUGUAAAACUCCCUGAUCCACAGGCUGCAUUAAACUCGUCAUGUUAGGGGGUAAGAACAAUACACAAAUACUGUCACAUUGCAAUUCUUCCUCAUCAGAGUUUUAAUCAGCGUUGUGAAACAUUAAGGCUGCUUUGGAAGGCAAGCACUUUUUCUUUGGGUGUCUAUUGGUCUCUGGAAGAAAUCUUCAAGAAACUAAUUCUUAAAAACACUUUUUUCCAUCCAAGUAGAUGCAGUGCAGAAAAAGAGAUAUUUUUUAAAGCUCUCAGCACUGAAAUUAUUGGAUUGUGUGUUGACAUAUACUGUUUUAUUAUAAUGGCUAAGCUUUACCAAUACCUGAGUGCUACAUCAUGCAAUAUGUCUCGCUGCUGACAAGACACAUCCACAUAUGCAUAUCAGCAAAGAGUUGAGUGAUUUUACAGCAACCUGUGGUUGAGGUUAUGUACAUGAUGAAUUUAGAAUACAUAAGAAGUUACUUGGUAAAUAUCGGCUUAUGGAAUGUGUUUCUCACAUAUAGAAAACCAGUAAGUAUUGGAUACAUAUGUACAUGACUUGUAGCUAUAAUAAACCAAUAAUUUCUCCA